AUGUAUAGACCUCCACCAACCACACCAUCAACGAGAGACGCAAAUAACCAACCCGGCCCCACCCCGCUGGGCCUUUCCACCCCUAGUCGCAGAAGUUCCGUCCCGCUCCGCGGGCUAUUAGUCAACGCUGUUUGGUAUUGUAACUGUGAGCCUCGCCGGCCGGCGGAUCAUUUCGAGACGAAGAAUGGGGGAAAGAAUCAUGGACGGUGGUUUUAUACAUGCUCGAAGCCACAAGGGAAGCGGUGUAACUUUUUCCUUUGGGAUGAUGAAGCAGUGGUUCGGGAGGGGAAUAUGAUGAGCGUUUCGAAAGAUAUGCCCAUUAGCAAAGGCACAGGCACAGGCACGGGCACGGCUCCAAAUAACAAAGGCUGUAUAAUGUCCACGGACAACCGGAAGUUAAUGAACAGAAAGCCAACGCAAUCAUUAUUUCAGGUCUCCAUCGAUACCAGGACGGGAUUGCUGACGCCUAAUUCGGGGAGGAAGAGAAUUCGGGAUUAUGAAGGGGAUGGCUUCCAUGGCUUCGAUAGUGGGAGAAGGACAGGGCCACCAAGUAAGAGGAGGAUGAAUGAAAAUAUAGCUGUUAAGAGAGAAGAAAGUGACAACGAUGGCUCGUUUGGUUGGGACGAUGAUUUGGAAGGGAGCGUUGUUCAACAAUUAUCGAAUCAAGAUUUCUCACAGCAGGAGCAAAUACAGGGCCAUCAACAACCGCGGCAAGGAGAGAAUGUUCGGCCGAGUACUCCACGUAAAAAUCCUGGUUGGUUUCGGGAUGGUCAGGGGCUGUUUUGCAGCGAGGACGACGAGGGCGGCGAUGAGGGUGCCGAUAUCGAUGACGAUAAUGAAGUACAUAUUCGACAAAAUGCACAUCCAGUGCGACCAAAUGAUCCAUUUGGCCCCACCAGCUCGUCGUCUAAAUUAUUCAUGCAUCAUAAUCAACCUGCCAGAUCCUCUCCUCCCCGGUCGCCUUCCAGGUUCUCAUCACCACAAACUAUCUGCAGCAUUUUUACGUGCAGGCAGAAUACCAGCGCAACUCCAUCUCGCACAACGGUAUCGGACGCGUUCGAACCUGCAACCCCGUCAACUCCCACACCCAUCCGCUUCAAUUCGACAACUCUUCUUCACCUCGAUAAUCAGCGGUCACCUCAGGCUACCGGCCCAGCCGCUCCCUCUAUCACUACGUCUGCCACUAGGCAAAAGUCAGGCACAAUCGUCUCCCAAACCCUCACCGUCCUCUCCAAACACAAAGUUUACAUGUCCCCGGCUGCGAAGCAAGAGCUGGUGGCACUGCUGAAUACUCACCAUUUGCGGACCCAGGGGAUUACUAAAGGAAGGGAUAUUUCGCGAGUUGCGAUUCAAAGCAGAGAUGCACAGAUUCAACGGUUGAAAGCGCGGAUUGAGGUGCUGGAGGCGGAGAGGGAAGGGUUUAGACUUGUAAGGUUAAGAAGAGACCUACCUAGAUACGAUCAUCUGGAUGUGUUGGAGCAGGGAGACGAUGGGUAG